AUGACACCUGUACCAUUAUUCUUGAUUGUUUUAGUAGCUUUGGUGGCGCUGGAGCAUGUGCGUCGCCGUCGUGCACGUCUCCCGAAAGGAACUCGAUGGCUUCCAGGUCCUCCAGGGCUCCCAUUCAUUGGCCGAGUAUGGGACAUUCCCCGCCAACACAGCUACAAGAAGUUCAAGGCGUGGUCGGAUCAAUAUGGCCCCAUUUACCAGAUGAACAUUUUUGGUGAACAUCAUGUUUGGCUUGCUUCAGAUAAAAUUGCCAAAGAUCUUCUUGUUACAAGAAGUGGGGUCUACUCCGAUCGUCCAAUGAUCAAGAAUCUGGAAGAUAACGUUAACACUUUUGCAGAUGUAUGGCGUCGACAACGGAGAUUCGUCCAUCAGACCAUGGCCAAGUCGACCUCGAUGAAGCAUCUCAAUCUACCUUAUAUUGAAGCCAAGAAAUACCUUGCCGAACUCAUGGACUCUCCUUCCGAUUAUCAGUACCUGAUGGAAAAGUAUACCGGCAGAGUGAUCUCGCGCUUAGCCUUUGGUGACGUCCGUCAUUAUGCAGAGGUGACAACAAAUUCCCAUGCUUUGCUAGGAGCUAUCUCCCCAGCAGCAAACUUGAGCAAUAUCAUCCCACAGCUUCGACUACUUCCCAUGUGGCUCUCUCCUUGGAAGAAAUCCGAAAGAGCCCGCCACGACAGAGAACGAGAGUUCUUCGUUCGAAUGUACACUCUUGCCAAGUCCGACUACGACAAUGGUACCUUGAAAGAGUCAUACAUGUCCCAAUUCUUCGAAGGUAAGGAGAAAUCAGGAGCAGAUGAUAUCGAAGGAGCGUAUAUCAUUGGUAUGAUUGGCUUGGCAGGUAUCCUUACCACUGCUUCUGCUUUCAUGACUUAUAUCCUUGCUAUCUGUUUACAUCCCGAAUGGCAAGAGAAAGUCCAAAAAGAACUUGACGAAGUCUGUGGAGAUCGUAUGCCUGAGCCAUCAGAUUCUCCCAAGCUUCCUGUUCUUCGAGCAGUCAUCAAAGAGAUUAUUCGAUGGAGACCUGUUACUCCCAGUAGUAUUCCACAUGAAACUGUGGAGGAUGAUAUCUACGAUGGUUAUUUUAUUCCUAAAGGGUCGCAGGUCCAUCCAAAUCAGUGGGCCAUCACGCGAGAGACAUCAGUCUACCCUGAUCCAGAGACCUUCAACCCUCAACGAUGGCUUGAUCCGUCUUUCCCAUCUUAUCAAGAACCCUUGACCCAAUACCCGAGCAUUAAGAACUUUACCACUUUUGGUUACGGUCGUCGAAUCUGCAUGGGCAUGGAUCUCGUUGAAGACGAACUCCUCGUUGGAAUUGGAGGCAUGGCAUGGGCAUGUAAUAUCCGAAAAAAGCGUGAUGAGAACGGACGAGAAAUCCCCGUUAGUGCUACAGAUUACUCUUCUUUGUUGAUUAGUAGACCUAAGCAGAUGGACUUUGAUCUCACUCCGCGAGAUACGAAGCGUGGUCAGUUGGUUAAGUUCAAUUAUGCGAAGGCAUUGGAGACGGCUGAGAUAAUUCGGGACUCAUCCUACUGAUGAUUUGAUGGAAUGGAGGUUUAGAUGUUGCUGAUAUCCGAGAUGGGAUUGUUGUGGUCGUCCGUGUAUUUCUUUCAGGCAUGUGUGGUACCUAUCCUGUUUGUGUGGGAUAUUAGAUUUCUGAGCCUGAGACUGCAUAUAGUUAGCUCCUUUCUUAUGUCUUCGUACCCUCAAGUCUCAACUACUUCAAAUUCUAUACAACAGAUUUCUGCCCCACACAAAGAAAACCUGUUCGCUUGCAUUCACUAAAAAAAUGUAUCACAGGCGCAAUUUGACAUACAAAUUUUGCCCGUCUGAAUGGCGUCCUGAUUUAGCGGUAUCUCUGUGCACUGACAACGAGCGAUGGAAAAUAUUGAAUGCACUGGAGAGCUUCACCUCUCAUGAUUGAAGCCUAAAUGUUUUUU